AUGGAGGAAGAGAAAGAUGUCUGCCCAGAGGCUGGCUUCUGCCUGGGCCCCGCGCUGCACUCCUGGGGGCUGCAGUUCAUGGAGGAGCAGUCACCGUCCACGAUGCUGAUGGGGGUUGCCGUAGGAGCUCUGCUGGCCCUGGCCCUGGCCGGCGUUGUCGUCUUCCUCGUGUACAGAAAACUUGGCUGGUUUCGACAGGUGCAGCCCAUGCCUCAGUACAGGUUCCGGAAGAGAGACAAAGUGAUGUUCUACGGCCGGAAGAUCAUGAGGAAGGUGACCACUUUGCCGCACACACUUGUGGAGAGUACAGCCCCACCCCGGCAGCGGGCCCGGAAGAGGACCAAGGUGCUGACUUUGGCCAAGAGGAUCCUGCGUUUCAAGAAGGAGUACCCCACCCUGCAGCCCAAGGAACCCCCGCCCUCCCUGCUGGAGGCUGAUCUCACAGAGUUCGACGUGAAGAACUCUCACCUGCCCUCGGAAGUUUUGUACAUGCUGAAAAAUGUCAGGGUCCUGGGCCACUUCGAGAAGCCACUGUUCCUGGAGCUUUGCAAGCACAUGGUCUUCGUGCAGCUGCAGGAGGGGGAGCACGUCUUCCGGCCAGGGGAGCUGGACACCAGCAUCUACGUGGUGCAGGACGGGCGGCUGGAGGUCUGCAUCCAGGACAUGGAUGGCACCGAGGUGGUAGUCAAAGAGGUUCUGGCGGGAGACAGUGUCCACAGCCUCCUCAGCAUCCUGGACGUCAUCACUGGUCACACUGCACCGUACAAAACGGUCUCCGCCCGUGCCGCUGUGCCAUCCACCGUCCUCCGGCUUCCGGCAGCUGCUUUCCAAGGCAUUUUUGAGAAAUACCCUGAGACCCUGGUGAGGGUGGUGCAGAUCAUCAUGGUGCGGCUGCAGAGGGUGACCUUUCUGGCUCUGCACAACCACCUGGGCCUGACCACGGAGCUCUUCAACCCUGAGAGCCAGGCCAUCCCUCUUGUGUCUGUGGCCAGCGUGGCCUCUGGGAAGGCCAAGAAGCAGAUGUUUGGCGGCCGAGAGGAGCGGCUAGAGAGGCCCCUGCGGCCUCCGGAGCCCUGCAACCCAGAUCAUGGGGGCAGCUGCUCAACCACUACCGGACCUCUGCUGAAGAGGAGCCACUCUGUCCCUCUGCCUUCUGUCCACGAGGAGAGCUCAGAUGAGCUCAAGAAGCCCCAGGCGGGUGACCCUGACCCUUCGGCCCCAUCAGGGGGCCCGACUGGUGCCACCUCAGACUUGGGGAUGGCAUGCGACCGUGCCAGGGUCUUCCUGCCCUCAGAUGAGCAACCCGGGAGCUCCAUGACCAGCAAGCCCAAGAAAAGUGUGGCUGUUGCAGAGAUACCCUCUGCAGUCUUCUGCUACUCGGAGAGCCACUCAGAUGAGACUGUCGCCAGCAGGGAGACGGACGCCAUCUUCAGAGCUGCCAAGAAGGACCUGCUCACCCUAAUGAAGCUAGAUGACCCGUCUCUGCUGGAUGGCCGAGUGGCACUUCUCCAUGUUCCUGCAGGCACUGUGGUGUCACGACAGGGAGACCAGGACGUCAGCAUCCUCUUCGUGGUCUCGGGGCUGCUGCAUGUGUACCAGCGGAAGAUCGACAGCCAGGAGGACACUUGCCUGUUCCUCACACACCCUGGGGAGAUGGUGGGCCAGCUGGCGGUGCUCACUGGCGAGCCCCUCAUCUUUACCAUCAAGGCCAACAGGGACUGUGGCUUCCUGUCCAUCUCCAAGGCCCACUUCUACGAGAUAAUGCGGAAGCAGCCACCCGUGGUCCUGGGCGUGGCACACACUGUGGUGAAGCGGAUGUCGUCUUUUGUGCGGCAGAUUGACUUUGCUCUGGACUGGAUGGAAGUGGAGGCUGGGCGUGCAAUAUACAGGCAGGGGGACAGGUCCGACUGCACAUACAUCGUCCUCAGCGGCCGGCUGCGCUCUGUGGUCCGGAAGGACGACGGGAAGAAGCGCCUGGCGGGCGAGUACGGCCGCGGAGACCUCGUUGGUGUGGUGGAGACACUGACCCAUCAGGCCAGGGCCACCACAGUGCACGCCGUUCGCGACUCAGAGUUGGCCAAGCUGCCGGCAGGAGCCCUGACGUCCAUCAAGCGCAGGUACCCUCAGGUGGUGACUCGGUUAAUUCAUCUCUUGGGUGAGAAGAUCCUGGGCAAUCUCCAGCAGGCACCUGUGGCAGGUCACCCGCUGGGGCUCCCCGCAGCAGGCAGCAAGUGGGACGCAGGAAACCCGGCUGGCAACCUGUCUACAGUGGCGGCGAUGCCCGUGUCUGAGGACGUGCCCCUCACUGCCUUUGCCCUGGAGCUCGAGCACGCCCUCAGCGCCAUUGGCCCAGUCCUGCUGCUGACCAGCGACAACAUAAAACAGCGCCUCGGCUCUGCCGCUCUGGACAGCGUCCACGAGUACCGGCUGUCCAGCUGGCUGGGGCAGCAGGAGGACAUCCACCGGAUCGUGCUCUACCAGGCAGACGGCACACUUACGCCCUGGACCCAGCGCUGCAUCCGGCAGGCAGACUGCAUCCUCAUCGUGGGGCUGGGCGAGCAGGAGCCCACGGUGGGCGAGCUGGAGCAGAUGCUUGAGAAUACGGCGGUGCGCGCCCAGAAGCAGCUGGUUCUGCUGCACAGGGAGGAGGGCCUGGCGCCGGCGCGCACGGUGGAGUGGCUCAACAUGCGCAGCUGGUGCUCCGGCCACCUGCAUCUGCGCUGCCCGCGCCGCGUCUUCUCCAAGAGGAGCCUGCCCAAGCUGAUGGAGAUGUACAGACGCGUCCUCCAGCGGCCCCCAGACCGGCACUCGGACUUCUCCCGCCUGGCAAGGGUGCUGACAGGCAACGCUAUCGCCCUGGUGCUUGGGGGAGGGGGAGCGAGAGGCUGCGCCCAGGUGGGCAUUCUCAGGGCGCUGGCGGAGUGCGGCAUCCCCGUGGACAUGGUUGGAGGCACAUCCAUCGGGGCCUUCGUGGGCGCCCUGUACGCUGAGGAGCGGAGCUGCAGCCGGACGCGGAUCCGGGCCAAGCAGUGGGCCGAGGGCAUGACGUCCAUGGUGAAGACUGUGCUGGACCUCACCUACCCCAUCACAUCCAUGUUCUCUGGCGCUGGCUUCAACAGCGGCAUCUGCAGCAUCUUCCGGGACCGGCAGAUUGAGGACCUGUGGCUGCCCUACUUUGCCGUCACCACCGACAUCACCGCCUCUGCCAUGCGGGUCCACACGGAUGGCUCCCUGUGGCGCUACGUGCGUGCCAGCAUGUCCCUGUCGGGCUACAUGCCCCCUCUCUGCGACCCCAGGGACGGACACCUGCUGAUGGAUGGGGGCUACAUCAACAACCUCCCAGCGGAUGUGGCCAGGUCCAUGGGGGCAAAAGUAGUGCUCGCCGUCGAUGUGGGCAGCCGAGACGAGACCGACCUCACCAACUAUGGCGACGCACUGUCUGGGUGGUGGCUGCUGUGGAAACGCUGGAACCCCUUGGCCACAAAAGUCAAGGUGCUGAACAUGGCAGAGAUCCAGACACGCCUGGCCUACGUGUGCUGCGUCCGGCAGCUGGAGACGGUGAAGAGCAGCGACUACUGUGAGUACCUGCGCCCCCCCAUCGACAGCUACAGCACGCUGGACUUCGGCAAGUUUGACGAGAUCUGCGAAGUGGGGUACCAGCACGGACGCACGGUGUUUGACAUCUGGGGCCGCAGCGGCGUGCUGGAGAAGAUGCUGCAGGACCAGCCCGGGACCAGCAAGAGGAAGGCGUGUGCCGUCCUCACCUGCCCCAACGCCUCCUUCACGGACCUCGCUGAGAUUGUGUCGCGCAUCGAGCCUGCCCAGGCCACCUCGGUGGACGAUGAAUCCGACUACCAGACGGAGUGGGAGGAGGAGCUGCCGGGCGGCGCCAGGGACGCGUACGCGGACUUCCAGAGCG